AUGAUUCAUACAACGAACGCUAGUUAUUUGAUCGACGAAGAUUAUUUGGAUGUGAACACGGACAUCUAUUCCAAACUGUUGGUAACUGUGAUUUACGCGGCGCUUUUUGUUGUCGGCUGCCUGGGAAACUCCGUAACGCUGUAUAUUAUGUGCAAGAGGGACUCGCCGCAGAAUUUACAAAGUACUGUGCACUAUCACUUGACCAGUCUGGCUGCCUCCGACCUCCUCAUCCUCAUUCUGUGCAUGCCGGUGGAGCUGUACAACUUCAUUUGGGUCCAUCACCCAUGGGCUUUCGGGGACGUCGUCUGCAGAGGCUAUUACUUCCUCCGGGAUGGAUGUUCAUACGCCACCGCGCUCAACAUCGCCAGCCUCAGCAUGGAGCGGUACAUGGCACUGUGCCACCCGUUUAGGGCGAAGAGAGUUGUUUCAAGGGGACGCACCCGGAGGCUCAUAUGCGGGCUUUGGUUGGCAUCGUUUCUUCUCGCGUCCUCCAUGCUAUUCGUCAUGGGUCAGCACAACAUGGGGCACGAAAUGAUUUGUACAACCAUCGUGUCAACAGCAACCGUCAAAAUCGUGCUACAGGUCAACGCCCUGCUGUCAUUCGUGGUGCCGAUCACCGUGGUCUCCAUCCUCAACUGGCUAAUUGGCCGCCAGCUGCAGAGUCUCUCCCAGCAGGCUCUGCUCCACCGCCCCGGCAGUCCGCUGGCGUCGGGCAAUGUCACGGAGGGUGCACGCACCCGAUCGCUGCGCCACAGCGUGACUGUCCUCCGUGUGGUGGUGGUUGCUUUCAUCAUAUGCUGGUUGCCUUAUCACAUACGCCGCCUUAUGUUUUGCUACAUUAGCGAAUGGUCACAACACCUGUAUGACUUCUACCACUACUUCUACAUGGUGACCAACGUGCUCUUCUACGUCAGCUCAGCCGUCAACCCUGUGCUCUACAACUUGGUCUCGGCCAACUUUCGCCGCCUCUUCCUCUCCACCCUCCGCUCCUCCUGCGCGCCGAGCUGCCCCGAGACAGAGCAGGGCCAGGCAGGCAGCAAGCGGCUCCACGACCCCCAGGAUCCAGCCCCUUCCACUGGGGCGCUUGACCCUCCACAGCACAGCACAACGCAGCAGACCGUCCUUCUGUUGACAGUAACCAAGGAAACACUGCCCUCCUGA